AUGGUGGUUAAUUGCAUGUUACAGAUAAUUUCACAAGUCUGCAACAAUUUAAUAGCGACCUGUGAGCGGCAGCAGCGAGCACAUUGCGAAACGUGGCCCAGACAAAUAGUCUCCUCUGCAGGGCUGUGCCGGUUUGGAAGCAGAAUUGACUGCUGCUGGGGCUGGGCCCGUUUGGCCUGGGGACAGUGCCAACCUUUCUACGUCUUAAGGCAGAGAAUAGCCAGCCUAAGGUGCCAGCCCAAAGCUAUAUGUCAACCAGGGUGCAAACACGGCGAAUGCAUUGGGCCAAACAAGUGCAAGUGCCAUCCAGGAUACACUGGAAAAACGUGCAACCAAGAUCUAAACGAGUGUGGACUGAAGCCCCGGCCGUGCAAACACCGGUGCAUGAACACCUACGGCAGCUACAAGUGCUACUGUCUGAACGGCUACAUGCUUCUGCCAGAUGGAACCUGCUCCAGUGCCCUUUCUUGCUCAAUGGCAAACUGUCAGUAUGGCUGCGAUGUGCUGAAAGGUGAAGUGCGCUGCCGUUGUCCUUCUCCAGGCCUGCAGCUGGGGCCUGAUGGUAGAACCUGCAUAGAUAUUGAUGAGUGUGCUACUGGGAGAGUUGUCUGUCCGCGAUUUAGGCACUGCGUCAAUACUUUUGGAAGCUACAUGUGCAGGUGUCAUAAAGGCUUUGAUUUAAUGUACAUUGGAGGCAAAUACCAAUGCCAUGAUAUAGAUGAAUGUUCCCUUGGCCAGCACCUUUGUGGUAGUUAUUCACGAUGUUACAAUACGCCAGGAUCGUACAAAUGCAAAUGUAAAGAAGGCUACAGAGACAAUGGAACAAACUGCAUACAAAAGCCGGUGACCAGACCAACAGCUCGACCCACACCUGGGCCAACAACUCGAACCACAUCAAGGCCAACAACUCGACCCACACCAAAGCCAACCACUAGGUACAUACCUGUGACAACAAGGCCAGUAACAAAACCAGUGACAAAGCCUCCACCUCCAACACCACCUCUACCUACAACGUUAAGACCUACACUGCCACCACAAAGAACUCCUCUGAUAACCACCACACAUCCUUUGCUUGUUCCUGCUGAAACCACGUCUUCCCAAGGAGCUACAGAUGAUAACAGGAUACAGAUAGAUCCUCAGAAACCCCGAGGGGAUGUGUUCAUUCCACGCCAGCCCGGAGUGAGCAAUAACCUGUUUGAAAUACUUGAAAUUGAAAGAGGGAUUACUGCUGAUGAAUUUGAAGCAAAUGAUGACUCAGGCAUGCUGGUACACAGCUGUAAUUUUGACAGUGGCCUGUGCGGAUGGAUCAAGGACAAGGAUGAUGGUUUGCACUGGGAGCCAGUUAAAGACGUGUCAGGUAAGACUCAUGCAUACGAUCUUAUCCUGUAGUUGAAGAACUACCUG